CGGGAGUUUAGGCGCUGAAGAAAAAGCGACAGGCUAGAAAGCGGGGGGCGCGCCAGGGAUUAUUUUUUUGUCCCUGCCAGUAAAACCAGAACGGCGAGAAUACUAGUGUACGCUGCCUCCGCAGGAGAGACCCUUUGCAGUCUCUUAAGCAAAUCUCCGAUGAUUUAGGGCUUAUCAGGCUUGUCCUAACUUUGGCUCCAGCUACUCAUUAGGAAGGUAGCUCGGUGGCCCACGAGUCUCUGCUAGACUAUGAGCGAGGGAGAGCGUUUUGUAGUUGGAGCAGGGGCUGGGUUUUCUCUGUACUCAAGCUGUUGUUGCUCUUGCCAAGAAUGAUUUAUUGUGCAAAGUAAUAAUUCCUGAGACACUUUUUUUUUUUUUUUGGCAAGGGGCGGAAGGGAGAAGAAAGCAGAGGAGAUUUCUCCCUCCAACCCCUUUAAAUGAGAUGGCUGGGGUCGCCGCUUCCUGAAGCGAGAAAGAGCAUGCAAUUGUCAAGGAGUGUGGCAGUUGUCUCCCUCCGAGGUGCUUUCUUGAACUGAAGUGGCUGCUGCUGCUGCUGCUGCCGCCACCGCCGCUGCUGCAAAGAGGCUGGGGCCGGCACCGUGAGAGCCCUGAGCAGAAAUUGCGAGGCUCUGGAUCCAGGAUUCCAAAUCGGUCACCUGGCAGCACUGCGGUCUCCUUUUCUUUCCUCGCCUCCGAGUCCUAGAGUUAGCGGCGGAAGGAGCUUGAAGUCAACGCUUCCGCUCAGUUUUCCAGCAAGGAGGGAGCAAAAGAGAGGCGAUGUUGGGGGUGCUCCGGGGCUCUGCUACUGAACUUGCUCGCCCUCUCCAUGUAGGGGCGGGGGGGCUCUUCCUACUUGUGCUCUUGGCUGCUGCUUCUUCUUCCUUCAUCACCACCACCAGCCGUGACGCAUCCACUCUUUCUCUCCCCCUCUUCUAACCUCCGGGCUGGUUUAAAACUCCCACCUCUCCGUUUCACCUUCCCUCUUCCUCUCGCUCUCGGUUGCCUGGGGCUGAAUUAGAUCUUCUCUCAGUGCUGCCUCUACUUGUUUCUGUGGGGUGGCUGAGUGGCGCUUUCUUUCCCUCCCUUCUCCCCCCUCCCCGGAUUUGUGGACGCUGCUGGUGUCUGGAGGAAUUUCUGUUGCUGGUUUUCCUUCCUGCCCUGGAGCUUGCUUGUGGUGGGGGAAGGAGGCGAAGGCCAGUGUGAGAGCUGCUGCCGCCGCCGCCGCCGCUGCUCCUGCAGCGGGAGAUGUGGGCUCCUGGUGCAGUUGCAGCACAAGGACACCGCCGCCGCGGAGCUGGGCUGCAGCUGAGAGACUCUGCUAGUCCCCACCGCUAGCCACCCUGUUCCAAGUGCGAAAGACCAGAAGAGCCGUGAUCGGUUGCUGCUCCUACUACCUUCCAGAACAAACCCAACUCUUGGACAAACAGCCAGGAUCUCUUCGUGUCUGCAAAAGGGAAAGCGAAGGCGGCCGGGGAGAACCUGAUUCUUUUGGGGCACCCCGAAGAAUUGAGACUGUUCUGGCGGAAGGGUGUGGAGUAGAGGCAGAUCAGGGGUUUAACAAUGGUGAGGUUUCUGGUGAGCUCCUGCUGCGCCCUGGCUGCGUCGGUGCUGCUCCAUCUCCAUAUCGGAUCACGGUGAGGAAAAAAUGAGCGAAGAGACGGCGAAUUCUAACAACGAUAAUAGUUAUGCCCGUGUGCGAGCUGUGGUGAUGACCCGUGAUGACUCAAGUGGUGGAUGGUUACCACUUGGAGGGGGAGGACUAAGUUGCGUCACUGUUUUCAAAGUCACUCACCCAGAAGAAAAUGGCUGUGCUGAUUUUCUUGUACAUGGGGAGCGUCUCAGGGAUAAAACGCACUGGAAGGUGUGGAGCCAAAAGGCAAAGAAAAAGGAAGAACUGGAAGCUCAGCAGGUGGUCUUGGAAUGUACAUUAAAGAAGGAUCUUAUUUACAAUCAGGUUACACCAACUUUUCACCACUGGAAGAUUGAUGACAAAAAAUUUGGCCUCACAUUUCAGAGUCCUGCUGAUGCAAGAGCAUUUGAUAGAGGCAUUCGUAGGGCAGUAGAAGAUAUUUCUCAAGGUUGCCUGACAUCACAUGAUGAAAUUGAAGUGCCUGCAGAUGGCUUUCCAGCAAUUCCAGAAAAUACAUCUAGUUUGCUAAUGAAAGAUCAUCUUUUCCAACAUGAACCUGUAGUGAGCAAUGAUCCUUACAAAAGCUCAAGUAUAAGACCACCACCUUUUGAAGAGUUCAACUUAAGAAGACCUUACUUCCACAGCCAACCUAACCAGGUACCCCCCAAACCAAUCAGGAACGUCAGUUUUCAGGAUGAAGAGGAAAUUGUUCGAAUAAACCCUCGUGAUAUUUUAAUACGCCGCUAUGCAGACUAUAGGCACCCAGACAUGUGGAAAAAUGACUUGGAUAGGGAUGAUGCAGACCCUUCAUUGCAGUGUCCUAAGACAGAUAAUAAAAAAUCUGACUAUUUGUACCCAUCUGGAGAUGGGACCAAAUUGAAUUCAUUAAAAAACUCCAAUAGUUCUGUGGUACAGCCUUCCUCUUUCAAAUUAAAAAAAUCAAAAAGAAGGAAAGAGGAUGGUGAGCGCUCUCGCUGUGUAUACUGCCAGGAAAGGUUUAAUCAUGAAGAGAAUGGCCGAGGCAAAUGUCAGGAUGCUCCAGACCCUAUGAAGAGAUGCAUAUACCAAGUUAGUUGCAUGCUUUGUGCUGAAAGCAUGCUCUAUCACUGCAUGUCAGACUCCGAGGGGGAUUUCUCUGACCCCUGCUCAUGCGACACUAGCGAUGACAAGUUCUGCUUACGAUGGCUUGCCCUUGUCGCUUUGUCAUUCAUUGCACCAUGUAUGUGCUGCUAUUUGCCCUUGAGAGCAUGCCACCAUUGUGGCGAGGUCUGUGGAUGUUGCGGAGGAAAGCAUAAAGCUGCAGGAUGAACCAGUCUGGUGCCAAAUGGGGCUGACAAGUCUUUAUUUUUGAGAAGCAUAUAACUCAAGGAAACAUUUGGCAAGCAGAAGGGCAAAACCUAUCCUGUACCAGAGGUCUAUUGUGAAAGAAGCAUCAGAACUUGUUGUGUUUUAGGAAUGCUAGCCAUGUCUGAUGGUCUGUUUUUAAGUGCGUGGUGCAAGUUGUGAAGGAGCUCUUGAGAAAGGAAAGCCUUGUUUUAUGAUUGGCGGUUGAAAUAAGUGUAAACUGCAGUCCGUACUAUAAGGGAUCAACUUCUGCAAUUUGUACAUUUUGUCGUUUAGGUGAGCGGAGCUCUUUGAAAUAAUCUGUUUGGCAGAAAAUUUAACUAAACCUGCACUAGUAAGAGCUGAUUUAAAACUAAAAGACAAGUUAAUAACUUGAGAACUGCGAAAAACUAAAUUGAUUAUACGUGCAACUAAAUUGCUUAUAAAUAGUUUUUGGAAGCAUCUUUAUGUACAAAUAACAAAUGUUUAUAUUUAACUAAAUAUAUGGUACGAAUUAUUAAACCUUCCUUCCCCUUUCCUGUUGCAAAGCUGUUAUGGACCACAAUUCCAGUCACAUUCCGUGAUAGUAUUUCUCAAUAUUUAACUAAUUAAUUUAGUAGUGUUUCUGUUCAAGAUGGACAAAUCAAUAUUUUCUGUCUUGUUUCCCUUCAACUACAUUUUUGUAUUAAGUUUCCUCUGUACAUUCUGGUAAUCUGAAGGCCUUUAAAAUGUUAAUUAUUAUAGUCUUGAAUGGCCAAUGUUUUGUUAAGCACAGGUAUAAUUGUCUAAUGCUCUUAUGAGAACAUAACAUUUAUUUUUAUAUAUAAAUGACUAUGGUUUCAAUGUAAUGGUAAAAGGGUCUCCCCCCCCCCCACUUUCUCAACCAGCAAAUUUUCUUCUAGGGUUUCUUCCAAAAAAUGUUAAUAAGUGUUGGGGAAGGGGAAAAUAUCACAAGGUAAUUAUCAUAAAAUAGAUAUUUAUGAUUCAGUUUAACUUGGUAUCAGUUAUUUCUCAAAUCUACUAAAAGAACAAAAAUUAACAUUAUUUUAGCCUAAUUUUAUUUGUCCUAUCAAAAAUGUUCUGUAUGACAAACUGUAACCCAGGUAGGAGAAAAGGAGUGAAUUUAUUGUGAAUGAAAGUGGGAUUUGUCUUGCAGCAGAUUAAUAAUGAAUGCUUAACUUAACAUUUGGGGAGUCCUUACAUCUCUUCUAUCACAUGGUAUAACAUAGCUGAGCAUACAGUUUUUUAUGAAUAAAACUCUGAAGCAGUGAAGCAGUCAUUCAUUCAAAAAGGUUAAUGGGUGGGGGAAGGGCAUAAGAAAAAUAUUUAAUAUGCUUUUGCUAUUUAAAAUAUAUAAUCUCACACUACCUUUAAAAAAAAAUUCUAUGCAUUUUUUUCAGCAAAACACAUUUCUUCUCUCCCCCACCCCCUUCUGAAGACCAUGGUCAGUCAAUAGACUUCCCACUAUCUCCCUUUUCCAGAGCCCAGGUAUCAAACUCAAAACAACUGUAUAUAACACUAUCUGUAAAAUACUUUUUUAAAGAAAGCAUUUAUAUUUAUAUGACAGCUUGAACUGACAACAUUAUGUACAUAGAUCAUCUUGAAGUAUUAUUUCACAUUGAAAAGAAGACAAAUAUAUUGAUAACUAUAGAGGUUAAGAGCUUCUUUCUAGUUUUGUACUUUUUAAAACCUGAAUGGAUAACCUUGGUCAGCAAAUAUGACACUGUAGCAGAAUAUGAAUGAAUGAAAGCUGCUACUCCAGAUGACUUUCAUGCUUCACGUAUUCAGCUAAACUUGGUUGCUUAGAUAGACUGUUAACUUUUAAAACAAAAAAACAAAGAAAGAGAAAUAACAUGCGUUUCAUUGGUGACAUGGGAAUUACAUCUUGUGAAUAACAAUUAUUAAAACAUUAUGUUUUUAAUUCAGAAUGGAUUGUAGUAUCAACAACCCAAGAAAAGAACUUGCUGGCUGUACAGAAAAGUCGUGUGUGUGUGUGUGUGUGUGUGUGUGUGUGUGUGUGUGUGUGUGUUAGGAAGAGGCAAUUCUAACAAUUUCCUGUUAGCACUAAUCAGCAUAGUGCAACUCCUGGUUUCUGUAGUGUAUUUCAUAUAAAAACUGAUACAGUAUGCUUUAAUAUUUUUACUGAAUAUGUGCAUUAAUAUUUUCUGUGUGUAUUUAACCACUUUGCUGCUAAAUAUUUACUGUCCUCACCUCUACUCUUGAAGAAAUACUAUUCUUAUUUCCUAACAAAACAAAAUCCACACGGAUUCAUAUGGAUACUAAGGUACAGGUAUUUUUGUUUCACUGAACUAAUUUGCAAUAAUUGCGUUGGUUCAGUAUCUGAUUAUUUGGAUUGUGUGACUUAUUUCUACAUGUAUGUGUGCUGGUUUAGAUUUUUGUUUUAGGAAGAAAACUGCUUUACUAACUGUGGCCAAAUCAUUAGUCUCAUCAACAUAUGAAGUUGCCUUAUACAGAGUCAGACCAUCUAGCCCAGGACUAUUUACUCUGACUCCCCAAGUGGCUCCCCAAGAUCUCGGGCAGAGGUCUUUCCUGGCCCUGCUACUAGAUAUAUAGAUAUAUAUUGGACUACUCGAGAUGCUAGGAAUCAAACCUGAGACUUCCUGCGUGCAAAAUAUUUGCCCAAUCACUGAGCUCUUUAAUAGAAUGACUCUCCUUGUGUUACAUGUCACUGGUUUUCUACUUUGCAAUCUACCAAUUCUUAUUCCUUACAUUCUGGACACCUUCCACCAUAGAGUUAAGUGUGCUUAAACAUAUUUAAACCAUUGGAAAUGUAUGGGAUUAUCUCUGUGGGAUUGUGGCCUCUGUUCAUUCUAACCUUUCACCCUGCUUUCUCCAGAAAGGAAAGGGGAUGGGAAUAGCAAGAUUAACUGCAAAGCAUAUAAAUUCAGGUACGUUUUUAAGAGGAUAUAGUUAAUGCUGGAUUUCACCACACAUGAAUUUGCAUAGGUUUGGUGAAGACACCAUAGGAUGUUCACUCCCAACCUGAUGAAAGCUACUAUACUCCAUGAUGGGAAAUGUUCUAUUUCUGACAUGAAAACAGCCGGCUAUAAUACUUGGGUACCACCUACUGGACAAACAGGAUUUAGAAAUUAUGGCUUCAGUCAUACAGCUUAGCCAUCAAUUGUAUUAGCUGAGAAGUAUGUUGUCCAAAGUAUAGCCAACAUACAUUUAAGCUAACUUUUGAUAUUGAGUUAAAAAUAUUGCUUCAGCAUGUAGUUGUUUUGACAUUUGCAGUUACAUACAUUUGCCUUACCAUCACAUUAAAAGCAAAUAUGUCAUAUUGGAAGACCAUUGUUAUGAAACGAAGCAUUCUUAGCAUUAGGCAUUGCUGAAAUGCAAGCAUUUCAAAACAAACAUAAAGGCAGUUAGAUGGUUUUUUAAAAAGAAAAUCCUAUCUAUUCUGGCAUUCCAGAUACUUAAUAACAUAAGAACAGCCCUGCUGGAUCCGGCCCAAGCCCCAUCUAGUCCAGCAUCCUGUUUCACACAGUGGCCCACCAGAUUCCACUAGAAGCCUACAGGUAGGAGUUGAGGGCAUGCCCUCUCUCCUGCUGUUGCUCCCCUUAAUUGUUUUACUUAAGCUUGAAAAUAUUACAAAAAGUGGCCAUGACAUCACUUGAAUUUUCUGUAAUUUUUUGCAAGUGAAGUCGAUCUCCUAAGACUAUAGGUAGCCCUCAUUAUCACGGGGGUUCUGUUCUGGCCUACAACCAGAGAUAACGAAACCUUGAGUCAAUGGAAAUUGGGCGGUUAGAUUCCUUGAGAUUUUUUUUUUUAAGGGCUAAAAAGCAGGGAGGAGGCAGAAAUAAGUGAAAGUACUGUACCAUGCUUUCCAGGUCUCCAGCUGUCCAACAAUCCCCCCACCAGCCUCCAAUUCCUCUGAUUUUCUGUGAAAAAUUGUGUGGAGGGUUUUUUUUAAUUUCUAUUUUUUACAAGAGAGUCACAAAAUAGCUCUGUCCUGCAAAAUGGUGACCGGAAAUGAUAUUCGAAGUCAUUUCUAGUCACCUAGGAACCGCAGAUAGGUAAAUCUUGCCUAUUUUUAAAACCAUGGAUAACAACGUUGGAUCUACAUUGCCCAACCACAGAUAUGUGAAACUGCUGGGGCUGCAGGUGAGGGUACUGCGUUCCUUCACUGACAACAAUAACAAAAAGCAUACAUUCUGCUUCAUGUAGAAAUAUCUAGAGUGGCUCUCAUAGUGAGAUGAAGCAUCUGGAGGGUGAUCAAGCUCAGUGGGAGGAUAGGAUCUUCAAGCAGGAUGUGAACCUUUCUUCCCCAUCAGCCAAGACUCAGGAAAAUUGCAUUUCUUAUAGCAGCAUAUCUUUAGUGGUCCACAUUAGAUUUGGGUUGGGGGAAUUGCCCCCUUGCUGCCCCCAUCCCACUAAUGUGAUUUCAUUGAACCAUAGCUGGAAAGGUCCUUGUAAGUAAUCUGGUCCAAUCCCCUGUGCAAUGCAAGAAAUCCAUGGAAUAUGCAGCUAGAGCAUCUCCCAACAGAUGGCUGUCAAAGGACUCUAGCACAGGAUAUCCCACCCACCCACCCCCUAGAUAAAUGGUUCCAAUUUUGAACUGCUUACUGUUAUGAAGUUUUUCAUAAUGUGCAACCAAACUCCUGUCACUUGAGCCCAUUAGAUCUAGUCCUGCUCCCUGGAACAAGAGAAAACAAGUAUUCUCCCUCUUCUUUGUGACAGUUCAGGUAUUUGUCCACCCUUCUCAAUCUUCUCUUCUCUAGGUUAAACCUACUCAGCUCCUUCAGUAUUUCCUCAUAGGGCUUGUUUCCUAGACCCAUAAUCAUUUUCAUUGCCUUCCUCUGAAUCCUUUCCAAUUUGUCUACAUUCUUUUUAAAGUAUGACUCCUAGAGCUGGACAUAAUACUCCAGAUGAGGUCUGACAAGUGGGAUAUAGAGUGUCACUAUUAGUACUUGUGAUUUAAAACUGAUUCCGUUAAAGCAGCCUAAAAUCACAUAAGCUGUUUUUGCAGCUGCAUCAUCAUAUUGUAUGCUCAUGUUGUGUGUGCUGCAAUCAUAAGAUCAUUUUCAUCUGUACUAUUGCAAUGCCUUGUACCUCCCAUUUAAUACCUAGGCAUUAAUUUGAUUAUGUUUGUCUGAAUGCAGAACUUUGUAUUUGUGUCUGUUGAAUUUCAUUUUGUAAGUUUCUGCCCAGUUUUCCAUUUGAUCAAGUUUCUUUUGAAUUUUGUUCCUGUCUGUGAGAGCUGUCAGCUAUUCCUUCAAGUUUUGUGUCAUCUGCAGAUUCACAGAGAAUUUCCCCCACCAUCUGAAUUCUUGAUAAGAAUGUAGAAGAGUACCAGCUACAGAACAGAGCCACAUGGCACCCCACCUGAAACCUCCCUCCAGUUUGAUGAAGAGUCAUUGAUGAGCAUUCUUUUAAGCACAGUUUUUCAACCAGUUAUGAAUCCGUCUGAUGGAAUAAUCUAGCCCUCAUUUGACCAAUUUGCUAACCAAAAUAUCAGGGAAAUCAAGAUAAACUACACCCACAGUAUUCCUGCAAUCCACUAAGCUAGUACCCCAAGCCCCCCCCCCCCAAAGAUUUGUGUGAUAAUAUUUGAUGAAUCCUUGCUGGAGUUUACUAAUCACUAUGUUGUUUUCAAGAGUAAUACAGACUGACUUUAUACUCUGCUCUAGUCUCUUGCAUGAUAUCAAAGACAGACUGACUGGUCUGUAGUUUCCUGGAUCCUCCUUUUUAAUUGAUUGAUAAUUUGUUGAAGACGGGGGCAGCAUUAACCCACCUCCAGUUUUGUAGCACCUCACCCAUUCUCUAGGAUUUCUCAGUGAUAGACAGAUUUUGAGGCUAGACCAGCAGGUUCUUAGUACCUUAGAAUACAAUGUAUCCAACCCUGAAUACUUGAACUCAUUUGAGGGAUGUUUCUUGGCCAACUCCUUAUCAGUGCUUUUGUGCCCUUGGGAGAAGACAGAGGCAAUGUCUUUGUUACCUGUUAACACUUCACUAAAUCUAAAUCUAGGAUUUAGGAAGGAGAGGGCUUUGAAUGAGCUGUUGCUUUAUUCUUAUGGUGUUUUCCUGUGCAAAGUUUGGGGAGGAAGUCAGAACCUGUUCUUCUAAUACCAGUGUUGAAACAAGUAACUCAAUCUACAGAUCCUUACACAAAGCAGGAUGCCUGGAUAAAAAGAUGGGUGCCUGCUUACCUGUGGAAAAGAUUGUUGUUGGGGGCAGAAGAUACAGUAAGUUUAGAAGUUAAGUGUGUGAGAAAUGCUGAUCUAGUUCAUGGAGCAGUGUGCUCUCUACAGGCUUAAUUCCUAUAUCUUCCAUUAGAAGCAUAGCUAUUUCAAAAGUACACAUACAUGUUUUGCAUACUGGAAUGUGACAUUCCUAUUUUCCUUCCUUCUAACCCUUCUUUGGGUAAUCUUUCCUUGUGUACAUGGAGGAAAACGUUGAAAACAUGGAAUGUGACAUUCCCAUUUUCCUUCCUCCUAACCCUUCUUUGGGUAAUCUUUCUUUGUGUACAUGGAGGAAAAUGUUGGAAACUCCCAUGUAAAUAAUGCACAUCAUUUGUAUUACCGAGUUUACAUCUCCAGAGAAUGCAAACUGCUGUAUAUGAGUGUACAGUGGUGCAUACUCUCUUGUGGGAAAAUGAGAGAUGGUUUGUAGUCCAGAUAGUCCUAUUAAGAUCGGCAGCCUGGUGGUUAAAACUUCCAUAUGCUUUUUGGUGCACUGAUUAAGUAGCCUUUAAAUAACGUUAAAUGACAUUUUCCCCCUGAAAGCUUCUUAACUGCAAUAGUUGUGCUUAGCUUUGAGAAUUCAAAACAUCUAGUGGAAAAACAUAUUGGGAGUUGCAGUAUAAUCUGUACAUAGACUUUAUUUCUUUUGUUUGUGAACCCUGCCUCUUAUUUUGCUUAGUGCCAUUUGCUUUCCACCCUAUUGACCUCAAAAAGUGCCUCACUUGUAUAUUAUUUCCAUUAAAAUCUUAAAUGAUAUACCUUUCUACUAAAUGAUGUAGGUUUUAGUUUUAAUUCCAUGCCAUAGAUGUAUUUCUUUUAUGUAUUAAAAAUAUAGUUGGUUACCUUGAGUACAUAAUGUAAAUAUGCAUAUGAGUUUAACUGUUUUGUUAUCAUAUCCUUUGUAAGUUGGCUUAUUGGAUAAUAUAAAACAGUUAAGUUUCAGUGUUUUCCUGCAAUUACCUGAUUAAAACUACCAUGAAAUUAAA